UUUAAAUUUCCGAUCGAUACCCUAUACUUAUGUUUGAAUAUGCAGUCACCCGGAAGUCUACCUGGUAGACCUUUGUAGGUAACAUACAUUUAAUACACAUACGAAAAACCGUUAUACAGAAUUGACAUACCGACAACUGAAUGUCAACAAUAGUUUUCAAACAAAAGUUGCAGCAAUGAGCUGUGAAGAAAAUCAAAAGAAUUCAAGCAAAAGCAAAGUACGAGAAGGAAUUCUAAAGAAAUCCCAUAAAAGUCAAGAUGGAGAAAACGCAGCCCAAGUACCUGUUCCGGCUAACAAAGCAUGUGAACUGUGCGAAGGUGCUUCGUACGAAUGGAAAUGCAUCGAAUGUAACCAGUUGGUAUGCACAAGAUGUAAAGGUAUUCAUAAAAGGCAAACUGCUACGAGGAAACACCAGGUCGUCGACAUCACAGAUGUCGGCUCCGAUACUGCGACCAAGUCAACAUGCGAUACGCAUAAGCAGUCGUACACCUUAUACUGUAAAGAUUGUACAGAACUCGUGUGUAAUAGAUGUAUAACUACUACACACGAGAGUCAUAGAUUCUGGGACGUUGAAACAGUAGUAGGCAAAAAGAGGAAACAACUGGAAGAAUGCGUCGAAACCUUGAGAGAAAGUUUUCGAAAGUCUAAUGAGAUUGCAGACAAAUUUCACAGGGAAAAAAAGAGGGCUUUGAAAAGUUACGAUUCUGUCAUAAAGUCCGUUAACGAAAACAUCAAGAAAAUAAUCGAAGAUCUAGAAAAGGGUAGAGAGAGUCUGACACAAAUGAUCGAAAAUGCUAAAAGCGAGGCAUCGCAAGAUGUAAAGCAGUGCGAAAAAGAAUACGAAAACAAAAAGAAUAGAAUAUGUAGACUGAUUAAUGAAAGUGAGUUAGCUUUACAAUCGGACGAUAGUAUUCGAAUUGUACAGCACCAGGCAUCGGUAAAAGACCUUAUAGGUGUAUUGCCACCCGAAGUUGAAGAUAUAGAAAUAAAUGUUCCGAAAUUUAUACCCGUAUACGAUAGCUUUCCCUUAAAGACAGAGGACAUUAUAGGAAAAAUACAUAUCGAUGCAAGCAGAGAACAAAAGAAGCAUCCACCACUGAGAAAGAAGGAUUCUAUUCUAAGUCGAAUAAGUAUUGACGCUGAUGUUGGCUUAAUAACGACAACUUCAAUUAGACACUCAUUUCGAAUUGCAACGCUCAGCGACCGAAGUGUAGGAUGUAUCGCCGUCAGGAGUGAUAGUGAAGCAUGGGUUGCAUGUCCUUAUGAUCAGAACGUUUGUUUAGUGCGCAGGAACGGAAGCCUGACAAAAGAAGUUCCUACUGAUUUCAAUAUUUCCGAUAUUUCUAUUACCAAAUCAGGUGACCUUUUGUUAUCUUCAGCUGAAAGUCGAAGCUUAAAGCUGCUUUGUAAAGAUGAAAUUGGAUUUCGAGAUUUUAUGGACACGUUCCCUUCCGAACCACAUGGUGUCAGUGUCGCAGGGAGUGGCGAGAUUCUAGUUUGUCUUACAGAUGGAGAUUUUGGUCAUGUGACAAGACUUUCAGAGACUGGAAAAAUCAAGAAGGAAUAUGAUACCUAUGUGGUUAAAGAUCAGUGCUACCUUCUGAGAAAACCCGUCCGUUGCGUGGAAACUUUAAAUGGAGAUAUUUGGAUUUUAGAUGAAGCUGCAAAGAAAAUCGUUGUCCUGAACAGCGAAGGGAAUUUUAGGUUUUUAUGGGACGGUCCAAAUAACGAAAACGGCAAACUACGCAUCGAGCCAAGUGGCCUUGAUUGUGAUGAUAGUGGUAAUAUUUUGGUAACAGAUUAUGACAAUGAUAAAAUUUAUCUGAUUAGUGCAGACACUACUCAGACGGAAACUUUGCAAAUCGAAGAGAAGAAAGAACCCCUAAGAGAUCCGUAUGGUAUUGCCAUACAUGCAGACAAGUUCGUAUGGGUUGGCUGCGAUGACGGAGUGGUUCACGUUAUGAGAUACCAGCGAGAAACAUGAACAUUAGUUUAUCGGAUUUACUGUAAAUGUUAUCAUUUUUAGAAAAGUAACAAAUAUUGCACCGUUUGAAGUUUUGAACAAAACUUGCCAUCUCAUCAUUAGAACAAUAUAUCGAACUUCUGUGUCUACAGAUUUACAAUUUAUACCAAGAAACGUGUUUGCGACCGCUAGUUAAUGGUAGUGAUACCACAUUCUUUGAAAGGCAGCGGGGGUCGAUCUUGUAUUUCUGUUAGGAUGAAUAUUCAUUGACUUUAUACAUUAGAACGAAUGUAACAAAAUGAAUGUGAAAAUAUACCAAAAAAAUCAUGUAUCCGUUUUUAGAAAAAGCGGACAUAUCAUCUUAUCAUCAGAACAAUGUAUCGAACUUCUGUUGCUACAUAUCUUUUGCCUGUCACCGCUAUUUUAUGUUAGUGCUACUCAAACUACAAAACGCACCAAGGUUCGAGUCUGUAUUUGUUAUUUGAACACUUAUUGAGUGAGUGUAAAAAUAUCAAUGUGGAUUGUUACAAUAUACAAACAUUGACAAAUGAAUUCCUCUCAUAAAUUUUAGAACGGCGGACAUGUCAUCUAUCAUUAGAACAAUGUAUCGAAAUUCUGUUUCUACAGAUUAACAAACCAAGAACUGUGUCUGCGACCGCUAGUUCUAAAAGGAUGAAUAUUCAUGGAGUAUACAAUGAUGAUACCAGACGAAUGUUUAUUUUGGAAACAAAAUAAAUGUGAUAAAGUAUAA